ACCCCAGCUGCUUCCUGCUUCCGUCCCCGCUUCGACUCCUCUUCCUCCCUGCGUACGGUAUUCCUAGGCCCUACGUUCCCGGAGCCUCUGCAGUCCCGGAGCCGUAUAUUCCGCAUCCCAGGAGUCGCGCAGCCUUGGACCCCGGAGCCCUUGCGCUCCGAAGCUCCCGAGUCCCCUGGUGCCCUGCAUCUCGCGUCCCCGGAGACCCCGCGUCCUUGCGCGCUCCCCAUAGUUCCGGCAGCGGCCGGCCACCGCCCGACCCGGCGGACCACACCGCCCUCCUCCGUUCCACCGGUGCCAUGGCCGCCCCGGACCUGUCCACCAACCUCCAAGAGGAGGCCACCUGCGCCAUCUGCCUCGACUACUUUACGGAUCCGGUGAUGACCGACUGCGGCCACAACUUCUGCCGCGAGUGCAUCCGGCGCUGCUGGGGCCAGCCCGAGGGCCCGUACGCGUGCCCCGAGUGCCGCGAGCUGUCCCCGCAGAGGAACCUGCGACCCAACCGACCGCUCGCCAAGAUGGCCGAGAUGGCGCGGCGCCUGCACCCUCCGUCGCCCGUCCCACAGGGCGUGUGCGCCGCGCACCGCGAGCCACUGGCCGCCUUCUGCGGCGACGAGCUGCGCCUGCUGUGCGCGGCCUGCGAGCGCUCAGGGGAGCACUGGGCGCACCGAGUGCAUCCGCUGCAGGACGCGGCUGACGAUCUCAAGGGCAAGUUGGAGAAGUCCCUGGAGCAUCUGCGGAAGCAAAUGGAGGAUGCACUGCUGUUCCAGGCCCAGGCGGAGGAGACCUGCUCCUUGUGGCAGAAGAUGGUGGAGACCCAGCGGCAGAAUGUGCUGACGGAGUUUGAGAGGCUGCGCCGUCUGCUGGUGGAGGAGGAGCAGCGGCUGCUGCAGAGGCUGGAGGAGGAAGAGCUGGAGGUGCUGCCCCCCUUGCGGGAGAGCGCGGCCCGGCUCGGACAGCAGAGCGCCCAGCUGGCCGAGCUCAUCACUGAGCUGGAGGGGCGCUGCCAGCUACCAGCACUGGGGCUGUUGCAGGAUAUCAGGGACACCCUGCGCAGAGUCCAGGACGUGAAGCUGCAGCCUCCCGAGGUGGUGCCCAUGGAGAUGAGGACGGUGUGCAGGGUCCCAGGGCUGGUGGAGGCCUUGCGGAGGUUCCGAGGGGACAUGACCCUGGAUCCUGACACCGCCAACCCUGAGCUGGUACUAUCAGAGGACAGGAGGAGCGUGCGGCGGGGGGACCUGCGGCAGGCCCUGCCCGACAGCCCUGAGCGGUUCGACCCCGGGCCUUGUGUGCUGGGCCGGGAGCCCUUGACCUCGGGCCGCCACUACUGGGAGGUGGAGGUCGGGGAGCGGGCCAGCUGGGCCCUGGGCGUCUGCAGAGAGAACGCCAACCGCAAGGAGAAGGGCGAGCUGUUCGCUGGUAACGGGUUCUGGAUCCUGGUGUUCCUGGGGAGCUACUACAACUCCUCCGAGCGGGCUUUUGCCCCUCUCCGAGACCCACCCCGGCGCGUGGGCAUCUUUCUGGACUACGAGGCUGGACAUCUGUCCUUCUACAGUGCCAACGAUGGGUCGCUCUUGUAUACCUUUCCUGAGACGCCCUUCUCGGGGACCCUGCGGGCCCUCUUCUCACCUCUGUCCAGCAGCCCAACCCCUAUGACCAUCUGCAGGCCGAAAGGUGGGCCUGGGGACAUGCUGGCUCCCCAGUGAGCAGGCCUCUCAUAGCCCCUUGUCCAGCCUUCCGAGUCUGCGAGACACUUGAAAAACCUGAGAAGAGGGUGCUUGUCCUCUGAGCUGUGGAAAACACUCAUAAUGCCACUCGGAUACGUGUAGCAAACUGAACUCUGUCACUGCCACACCCAGGAAGCCAUGUGAGUGUGUGCGGGCUGGGCUGUCCUGCCUCGGGGGACUCUGCAAGGUCAUCAGAUGCUGAGACCCCAUUCACCAGUGCAUCACACACAGUCCUUUGCAGAGCCCUGAGCCUAGGGCCCUGGUAGCUCUGGUUCCAGGAGCCUCACCAACCUGCCCCACCCAGCCUCAGUCUGGGGUGAGACACCAGGGCCUGCAGAACUCUCAGGCUGCAGUCUGAGCACCCCCUCAAACCCUGGGGCCACACCUCGAGAAAGCUGCUGUCUUGUGAGACUGCUGGCCAAGGGGUGGCUCCAAGCCCACCAGCCUGUCUUGGGGUCUGGUCUAAACUGGUGGCGGGGGCGGGUGUCUGGAUGUAGUUGCCUCAGAUUAACUGGGGUGCAGUAGAGUCCUCAGGUGACAGGUGAUGUGGGAAAGGCCACAGGGAGGGAACUGGGAGCAAGUCACUGAAUACAGUGGUUCAUUAACUAGGACACACAGAUGCCCUCAAAUCCCCCUGAACGUGGCCCACUCAGGGCCUCUGGAAAAAGCUUCUUCCCUGGUUCCCAGUGCAGAGGUUCAGUUCUGGGAGGUCUGAGGGCUUGGAGGUGAGUGUGAGGCUCAGAAAUGACCCCUCACUGUUUCCAUCUGAGCGGCACUGAGAAGAGCAAGCUGGCGUUGCCCUCUCAAAUGCCUCUUCAGUGGCCCGUGGCAUGGUCCCUGAACUCAGAACCCAGAGUCUCCUGCCUGGGGGAGCGGGGGAGGCCACAGAGAGCCCUGGCUUACAAAGUCCAGGGUUCGUUUUUGCUUUAAGUUUUGACGCUUCUUCACCUUUCUGAAGAAGGUGUGAUGCGGCGUCUCUGCACCCCUAGAUUUUUAUUAAUUGUAAGGACCAUUCUCACAGUAAAUAAAUUAACAGUUGUCUGUAGUCCCCUUAUCUUUAAGGUUGGGGGGUGGGGAAAUCCUCCAGAGGGCCCACCCUCUGGGAGGGGUUACAGAAACAAGAUGCUCACUGGUAAAGUCGGGGAUGCAGCUGCUGCCCACACAAGGACAGCAACUCCCAGGUAUGGUCUCGAUGUUCUUUGGCUCAACACGUGUGUUCAUUUCAUGCAGGGACUGUGGGCAUUUUUCCCCUUUUUUUCAGAUAACCUGAUAAACAUUUUCCAUGUUCCUCUG